GGACUUCGACUACCAUUGAUUCCGACAUUCCGUGUUGACGUUCAACCGGCUUUGCAGUUUGUUGUACGAAUUUGUACGAAAAGUGUAAAAAACUUGACAACGAGAAAUACGUUUAUUUGCGCGCGUUACUAGUUAUCCUCAGGUUUUUAAGUCGAAGUGUUGUGAUCAUUAUGUGCGUCAGCCGAAAGGGGUUUACUGAUCGGAUACCCGACAGUGACCAGUCGUCGUCGAAUCACGGUUGAGCAACAGUUUGAACCCAACGCCGCGAUAACACCGUUUACUAUGGAUAGUGUGCGAGCUCUUGAAGUAAUGGGUCUUCUUCAAGAGAAGAUCGCAUUCCUCACUGGUGGUCGAGACAAACGAGGGGCGCCUGUAGUUACAUUUCCCGCUACUCCAAGAAGAGAACGCGCUAAACUUGAAGAUUAUCGACGGUUAUUGCAAUAUUUUGGAUCUAUACCUCCGCGUGAAGCUAAAGAAUCAGGUUUAGUAGCAGUGAUUGAUAUGCGAGGUGGUUCUGGCUGGUCAUCUGUAAAACCAAUCUUGAAAGCCCUCCAAGAUUGGUGUGCUGGAGGCAAUGGGAACCAUGUGUAUGCUGUAUACGUUGUAAAACCUGAUAAUUUUUGGCAUAAACAACGGACCAGUAUGGCUAGUCAUAAAUAUAAAUUUGAAACAACAAUGGUUAAUUUAGAAGGUAUAUCUAAGUUUAUAGACUCUACACAAUUGACAUCAGAUCUCGAUGGAUCUUUACACUAUGAUCAUGCCCAAUGGAUUGAUAUUCGAUUAAGUAUUGAAGAAUUCAUGUGGCAAGCAGCUGAUUUGUUAGAUCGAUUGGAUGAUUUACAAGAAGAUUUGAGUCGAAACGAUUGUAGAGAUGAUAUUGCUGGUGCCAAACUUGCCCUUGACUUUCAUACCGACAUGAAAAAGAAAGUACUUAAAACUCCAGUAGAGGAUAUGGAUUUAGCUGGUCAGCAACUAUUGCAAAGAUUAUCUGGGGAUAAUAAUAGUGGUUAUGAUUCUGGUUAUUCUGGACGUGAUAGUGAAGCUAGCAAUGGUAUUAGUAAUCCAGAUUUACAAGCAUCAGUUCCACAAAUACUUCAGCAAUUAGAUACCAUUAGAACGUCUCAUAAACAUGUAUUACAGCUAUGGCAGCAUAAAAAACUAAAAUUAGAUCAAUGCUUCCAGUUGAGACUGUUUGAACAAGAUUGUGAAAAGAUGUUUGAUUGGAUUUGUCAUAAUCGGGAUGUAUUUUUGAUGAGUUAUGUUGAAAUUGGACAUUCUUAUCAGCUUGCCAAAGAUAUACAAGAAGAGCACAAUCAUUUCACUAUGAGUUCCAUGAAUGUGUAUGUGAACAUAAAUCGAAUCGUAGCUGUUGCACAUCGUAUGAUAGAAUCUGGACAUUAUGCUUCUAAUCAUAUAAGAACAGUUGCUCAAAGAUUAGAUAGAACAUGGAAACAAUUUGCUGCUGGAUUAGAUGAACGAACAUCAGUGUUAGCAUUAUCUGUUUUAUUUCAUCAUAAAGCUCAGCAGUAUGUGGAAAAUGUACCAAACUGGGACGAGGCUAUAGAAAAUGUUACCAUACCAAAUGAAAUUAUGGUGUUAGAAAAUUCAAUUCAUCAACAUCAGAAUUUGUAUGAACUCAUGUGCCAAGCAUACACUGAGGUUCAUAGCACGAGUAAGAAGCUGCUCUAUCAGUUGGACCAUUUGGUUCAGGUGUGUAACCAAAGUGACUUGACACCAGUCGCUGAACAACAUCAUAAACAUUUGGAUAGUGGAUCAGAUUCUUCUGCCAACACAACUAAGACAGUUGGAACUAACCAUCAACAAGCUGCAGCCGAUUAUUCUGAAGGAGCUAGUCAUGUACUUGCUGUCAUACACCAAAUUUUAAACCAUCAUAGAAGUCUAGAACAUCGAUGGCAUUCUAAAAAGAUAAGACUUCAUCAGAAAUUAGCAUUACGAUUAUUUCAAGAAGAUGUUAAACAAGUUCUUGACUGGUUGUCUAAUCACGGAGAAGUAUUUUUAAGAAAGAAUACAGGAAUUGGACGAACAUUACAAAAAGCUCGGGUUUACCAAAAAAGUCAUGAACAUUUCGAAAAUGUGGCCCAGAAUACAUAUACUAAUGCUGAGAAAUUGCUGACGGCUGCGGAAGAACUGUCCCAAACCGGCGAAUGUGACGCAUCUGACAUUUGCUCGGUGGCCGCCGAACUUGAAAGUCAUGUAGCCGCUUUUGCGGCGCGUGUUCAAGCUAGAAGGCGGCGUUUGCAGAGAGCCGUGAAUUUUUAUACGCAUCAGUCAGAGCUCCAAGGCUGGCUCGAUGAACUCAGAGCUGAAAUCGACGGGUGUGAUGAGGCAGCAGACACUCUGGAAGGAACUGAAAGAGCUCUAGAACAAGUUAGCCAUCAGCGGGAUUCUUGCUUGGACGCUUGCCAUUCAACGAUAACUGAAGGGGAGGCAUUGUUACAAGAACUGAGAAGUGGAGGCGUUACUGCUGAAAUGGACCCCACCGGAUCAGUUGCUGCGGUAGAUGCCGCACUUGAACGAUUAAAUAAACAACGUUUAGAGUUAGAACAACUCUGGGCAACUCGAAAAUUAAAAUUGGAUUUAUGUCUAAGACUACGGAUUUUUGAAAGAGAUGCACUUGAAGUGUCCUCACAAUUGGAGCUUUGGGCAAAUGAAUUAGAACGAAAUCAAAACGAAGUGAUAACAACAUUAUCGGAAGCAGAGUCACGGUUAUCGCGCCACAAUGAUUCAGUGACACAAAUGCAAGCAGCUGUUUAUCAAGCACUGGAACAAGGCGAACAAUUAGCUCAAGUAUUGGAUAAAUCUGGAGUUGGUGUAAUGGCUGACAGUCAAUAUACUGCCCAAACUAGAGUACAAGUGUUGCUUGAGUUUUUACAUGAACGCCAUAUGGACUUGGUAGAGUUAUCUGAAAUCAAACGCAGCCGACUUGAUCAAGCUGUUCAAUUGUGUCAAUUUAAUAAUGAUGCAUCACAAGUAAUAAGUUGGAUUCGUAACGGUGAAUCAAUGCUAUCGGCAAAUUUCACUAUUCCAAACUGCUUAGUAGAUGCAGAAAUUCUAAAGAAAGAACAUGAACAAUUUCAAGUUGCAAUUGAAAAAACUCAUUCAGCUGCUGUUCAAGUAAAACAAUUGGCAGAAUCUCUUGUAUCAUCCAAUCAUUAUGACUCAACUGCAGUUAAAGAAAUGGCUAUAGAGGUGACUAAACGAUGGCAACAGUUGGUUACAUGUGCUGAAGAAAGGCACAAAUUAGUUACUGCUAGUCUGAACUUUUAUAAAACUGCAGAACAAGUAUGUUCUGUUAUGGAUAGUCUUGAACGAGAGUACCGCCGUGAGGAAGAUUGGUGUGGUGGUGGAACUAUUGAAGCUGAUAAAUUAGGACAACUUUGUACUAAACAUCAAGAACAAAAAGAAGCUUUCCUAAAAGCAUGUACAUUGGCUAGGCGAACAGCUGAGACAUUUUUAAAAUAUACUAAUCGUAGCUUGCAGUAUUAUAGCUGUACUAAUCAAUCUAUAGCUACUGUGGAUACGGCUUCUGAAGCUCGAGUUAAAAACAUUCUUGAAAAAUUAUCGGGUCAGGAAAACAAGGUACUGGACCAUUGGUCACAAAGAAAAAAACGACUUGAUCAGUGUCAACAGUUUGUGUUAUUUGAUAAGUCAGCUAAACAAGCUAUGGAAUGGAUACAUAAUGCUGGUGAACAAUAUCUAAAUACUCAUACUACUGUUGGUGCUACACAGGAUGAAACAAGACAUUUACUUCAUGAACACAACGAGUUUAAGACAUCAGCAAAAGAAACACGUGAAAAAGUUAAAUUGUUAAUACAGUUGGCAGAUAAUUUAGUAGAAAAAGGCCAUGCUCACGCCAACGCCAUAAAGCAAUGGGUGGCGGCAGUUGACAAUACCUAUAAACAUUUUAGCUCUAGAAUGGAUAAAUAUAGGUUUGAAUUGGAAAAAAGUUUAGGCAUUCAAGAGCAUGUUGACACUCGUGAUCUUUCCUUUGAUAGAAACUCAGAUCCAAAUUUAGAGCAAAAAGUAAAAGAAUCAACUAAAGAUUUGAAAGAACUAAAUGAAGAAAAAAGGAGAUCAGCUAGAAGAAAAGAAUUCAUUAUGGCGGAACUUCUUCAAACUGAAAGAACCUAUGUGAAAGACUUGGAUGUUUGCAUUAAAGCCUACUUAGAUGAAAUACGAGCUCUUCAAAAUGUUCCAAUAGGACUUCAUGGACGAAUUGAUAUUUUAUUCGGCAACAUUGAAGAUAUACGCAAUUUUCAUAGAGAUGUUUUUAUCAAAGAACUGGAAAAAUAUGAAACAAUGCCUGAAGACGUGGGGCAUUGUUUUGUCACAUGGGCACAAAAAUUUGAUAUGUAUGUGAAAUAUUGUAAAAAUAAACCAGAGUCUAAUGCCAUACUAGUACAACAUUCUGGUUCGUGUGGUGGUGUUUUUGAAGAGCUUCAAAAAAAACAUAACAUUGAUCAUCCUAUUGCUGCUUAUUUAAUAAAACCAGUACAAAGAAUCACAAAGUACCAGUUGCUGUUAAAAGAUCUCCAAUCAUGUUGUAAAGAAGGCCAAGGAGAAAUUAAAGAUGGUUUGGAUGUGAUGUUGAGUGUUCCUAGAAAGGCCAAUGAUGCUUUGCAUCUAUCCUUAUUAGAAGGAUGUGAUAUUUCUACCGAUGAGCUUGGUGAUGUUGUUGUACAAGAUACAUUGUAUGUUUCUGAUUCAAGACAUCACCUAUUACGUAAAAGCCGUGAAAGACAUUGUUUUUUAUUUGAGUUGUAUUUAGUAUUUGCCAAACACGUAAAAGAUCACUCUAACAAUCCUAAAGUUAAAUACUUAUAUAAAAACAAACUCAUGACUUCAGAACUUGGAGUAACUGAGCACAUAGAAGGAGAUGAAUGUAAAUUUGCUGUAUGGACUGGUCGUGCACCAAUUUCAGAUUACCGUAUUGUGUUGAAAGCUUCCACAUUAGAAGCAAAACAAACAUGGGUGAAAAAACUCAGGGAAGUAAUUCAAGAGACAUACUUCAACUCUGCUUUGAGAAUGUAUAUGCCCAAGAGUCCAGCUAAACUUAAACCUGACAGUCAACGAUCUAGCCGAGAUUUAGAAGAAGAAAACUUGGACCGAGGAUCAUUGGCUUCUUUUGGAUCAGGCAACACUACAGAUUCAGACAAGAACUCUGGCGUGGAGAUGACUUGGGUGAUCGCGGACUUCACAGCAACGGCCGCCGGCCAAGUAACCGUUUCCAAAGGUCAGCAGGUAGAGCUCCUGGACUGCUGUAGUGGUACGAGUGAAAUGGUUUUAGUGCGCGUACCGUCCGACUGUACUGAAGGAAUGGUGCCACAUAUCGUACUCAAGCAACCGCCGUCACUUAAGUCACCGCAGGCCACAGAAACUACCUCAGGAGAAUGUGCGGAUAAUGCUGCAACCACCGUUACAACAUCUUUAGUUUGCAACAAUUCACCAGUGACCAAAAGACGUGUUUUCAGCGGGAGGAUGUGGAUCCCACAACCGUUGAGGAAAUUCAGCAACGGUAGCAAAGUCGACAAAAACCAUGUGCAGUCAUCGGCCAAAAAGGGAUCGGAUAAAAAAUUCAAAUCACCCGUCAGUGAAGCCACCAAAUCGUUACCGAACGAAGAUGAACAGAACGGUGAAGAACCUGAUGACGAACUUGAAUUACCUCCGCCCAUGAAACCCAUUUCCGAGUCAAUUUUGGUGAAUACUUCUGACUCGACCACAGUCGUCUCACAAAGAACCUCGGGACUGUCGGCGGAAGUGACAGCCUCUUCUUCGGCCGAUUUAGCUGAAAUCGAACAAAUCGUCAAAGAUAGAAUGGAACAACACACUACCACCGCCGCAGCUGCCGCCGCCGCCUCCGCCUCCGCCGCUUCCUCGUCCGUUUCUAUCGCCACUCCUACCAUCUUCCCUUCCGACAAGAUGACUGGUGAGUCGAGACUGAAAAACGACGAUGUUGAGUGUGAAGAGGCGCUGCAUAAACGGGAGUACGUUAUGAGAGAGCUAGUCGAGACCGAACGGGAUUAUGUCAGAGACUUGUCGUUAGUGGUUGAAGGCUACAUGACUGUGAUGAGAGAUCCCGAAGCAGCCGGCUGUGACAUCCCCAUGCCUGACGACUUAAGGUCUGGCAAGGAUAAAAUGAUCUUCGGUAACAUCGAACUUAUUUACGAAUGGCACAGAGACGUAUUUUUGGCGGCUGUUGAGCGAUGUCUCACCCGACCGCACGAGCUCGGCAAACUGUUCAAAAAAUACGAACGCAAGCUUUUAAUGUACGUGGUUUACUGUCAAAACAAGCCAGUUUCCGAGUAUCUCGUUUCUGAUCACAACGACUAUUUUGAGGAAAUGCGUCAGUUCCUAGGUCACAAGCUCCAGCUAAGUGACAUUCUCAUCAAACCUGUGCAGAGGAUUAUGAAAUACCAGCUGUUGUUGCGGGACAUGUUCAAGUAUACAGAGCGGGCCAAACUGGCAGACGAGAUGGAAGCCCUACGGCAAGCUAUGCACGUCAUGCAAGUAGUUCCUAAGGCAGCCAACGACAUGAUGGAUGUUGGUCGGUUGCAAGGUUUCGACGGCAAAAUUACCGCUCAGGGUAAGCUGCUGUUACACGGCAUGUUGACGUGCGCUGAGGGUCCUAGCUGCAACCCGAACCGAGUACCACCACACAGGGACCUGCACGUAUUCCUGUUUGAACAGAGCAUAAUACUCAGCGAAGAAAUGCGCAAGAAGGCGCAGUUUAGCAGCCCGGUGUAUGUUUACAAGGCGCACAUACAGGUGAACAAAAUGACUCUGGAUGAGAGGCACGGUUCAUCCAGUAGUAACUCAUCCGACGACUCAUCAGAUGGGUCGUUUAUUAUCAAAUCCACCGACCCCAAGAGGCCGCCGCUAUGGUUCGUAUGUCAUGCGCAUAGUGCCGAAUCGCGUGCUGAAUGGUUGCAAAACCUCAGGCAAAUAUUACAGACUCAACAAGACUUCCUGAAAGCCAUACAAUCGCCCAUAGCGUAUCAAAAAGAACAGACGAAGGAGGCCAGUUAGUUGGCAAAGUAUGUCACGACAAAUAAAUAAAAGAAAAAUAUUAAAUUACUAUUUUACUAUAUCGUCGAUUGUGAUGGUUUAGUACGAUUGUGUUCGGCACAUUGACAAUUUAAGUCUGAUCAUGUCCCCAAGCAGAUUAAAUAUUAUUAUAAUUAUUAUUAUAUUAUAAUUAUCAAGACGACAUUCCUAUUUUACAUUAUCUUUUAAAUUUUUAUCUAAGUAGUUUUUAAACAUAAUCGAAGAAAAUAACACUAUUUGUUUUUACAUUUAAGAUACCAUCGAUUAAAUAUAAUCAUCACUUGAAAUUGACUUAACUUUAGAGCUUUCUAGAGGAUAUAUAUAUUUAUGUAUUAUUUUAAUAUUUUCUAUGAAAACAUCGAUUUUCAAGAAAGAAAUCUCAGUAUAGACAACGAUUACAUACAAGUAAUUUGUUUAAUGUUCCAUAUAAACAUCUUGAGGUUCUUUUUUUUUUUAAGGGUCUAGUCAAAUGUUUAUUUAGACUAAUUUAUAUUUUAUAACUUUUUUUUACUGUAAUA